UCGAAUCACGUGACUCGCUGUUGCGAGUUACUAACACAAAAUGGAGUUGUCCGAGUCUGUGCAGAAAGGUCUGCAAUACCUUGCAGAUGCGGUGCAUUUUGACCUGAAAACCUUUACUGCAUUUACUGAAGUGACUUUCGGGAGCCUGAUCUCUUCCCAGUCUGAAUGUGUUCUGGAUCACCCACAAUUGAAACACAUUGAUCAAAGUAUACUGAAGCAUUCCCAUGUUGCCACCUCAACUUUCAUACUUGAAGGAGUGAAGCAAAAUGCUGACAAAUCUACAAUAAGCUCGUGCCUAGAGGAUGUGUCAUUUGACGCUGAGAGGAUAGACGUGUUUUACAGUUCAUACCAGAACCAUAAACGGAGUCUGGAAUACCUGUUGGAAAGUAUUGGUGGAAGUCCACCCCACAUAACAGAUGUCUUGUGGCGACUAGACUAUUGUAUGAAGAAUAGUCAUGUUCACAAGGUCAACCAGCCAUCCUAUUUGAUCUCUUUUCAUGUGGAGAAUGAUGACAGUGGAGCAGCCUGGAAAGAAGUGAAUUUUAAUUGUACAAUGGAACAACUUCAGGAUUUGGUGGGGAAGAUGAAGGACGCUGCAAAAAGUUUGGAAAAAGCUACACAGUCAUGAGGUCUAUAUGUUGUCUUGGAAAGGUUUUCUAUUCCUACUUUCACAUCAGCGGAGACGGACAAGCCCUGUAUUGACAUGUUCUUGGUUAAUUUAUAUCCAACCAUUGAGUAAUAGCCUAGCCUGUUUUUUUAACCAUCCAUUGCAUAUUUUGCUAUUAAAUCUUUUCUUGGACUUCCA